AUGUUAAAACAAUUAAAUGAGAAACCUAAUCGAUCCGAAGUGGAUGAAAGGCUCAUUCUGGGUUUUCAAGCAGCUCGAGACAAAAUGCUUAAACAUUAUAAAAAGAGCAACUGGAUUUAUUGUACCUCUUUAAUUUUAGACCCAAGGCAUAAAACUCAGACUUUUGACAUGACAUUAUGGGGGAAGCAAAUUAAAACAGAAAGCCUGCGCAAAUUUAAUGAACUUUAUAAAGAAUAUAAAAGUCUACACUCAGUGAAUACAUCUCUAGAAUCACCAAGAAAUGAAAAGAAAGUAUGUGAAUAUGAUGAAGAUGAAGACGUAAUAGACUUUGAGAAACUGUAUGCAUAUCCCUCGACGUCAUCUGGAUCUGGAUCUUUUCAUCAAGGCUUAGUUAUAGACGAGUUGGAGGAGUACCUAAGUAAACCCAGAGCCGCCAGUUCGGAAGACAUUUUAGAGUGGUGGAGGACGCAUGAGACAGAAUAUCCGACUUUAUCGAAGAUGGCCCGUGAUUUUCUUUCAAUACCUGCAACUUCAGUACCUGCUGAGAGAUUAUUUUCCAAAGUAUCAUUAGUAAUUAGAAAACAUAGAAAUAGGUUAAGUGAUGAGUCAGCCAGAUGGUUACUUUGUAUUAAUUCUUGGUCAAAAGAAUUAAUAUAA